AUGUCGACUCCUACCGAAUCUGUGCGCGAUAUCGAGCGGACCUUCUUGGCUUCGCCUUCCUUCGCCGUUGUCGGAGCAUCCAAAGAUACGAGCAAGUUUGGAACAAAGGUCCUGAACUGGUACAAGGUUCGGAGCUUCCAAGUGACACCGGUUCACCCGAGGGAGGCUGAGCUAGAAGGGAUUCCGACCAUCAGCGCUAUCUCGGAUCUCCCUUCUCCCACCGAGACGUCCAUCAGCAUCAUCACGCCACCCAAGGUGACCCUCGGGAUUGUGCAAAAAGCUAAGGAACUUGGAGUGCCGGCGCUGUGGUUGCAGCCGGGCGCUGAAGAUGACGCGGUCAUCCAGUACAUCAAAGAUAAUGGAUUGGAGGACCGAGUGAUUUACGGCGGCCCCUGCAUCUUGGUAGACGGAGAUGAAAUUGUCCGUAGCCUCCUCUAG